ACAUGCCACCCAAAGUUGGAUCUAAAGGUUCUAAGAAAGCUGCCACCAAGGCUAAGGCCCAGAGAACUGGGGACAAGAAGAAGCGCAGGAGGAGGAGGGAAUCCUACGCUAUCUACAUCUACAAAGUCUUAAAACAGGUGCACCCUGACACUGGAGUUUCCAGCAAGGCCAUGAGCAUCAUGAAUUCUUUCGUCAAUGACAUCUUCGAGAGAAUUGCCGCUGAGGCCUCCCGUCUGGCCCACUACAACAAACGCUCAACCAUCACCAGCAGAGAAAUCCAGACUGCAGUCCGCCUUCUCCUGCCAGGUGAAUUGGCCAAGCAUGCUGUCUCUGAAGGUACCAAAGCUGUCACCAAGUACACCAGCAGCAAGUAAACUGCAGGGAUAUGUAGUUGACAUAACCAAACGGCCCUUUUCAGGGCCACACAAUUUUUUCGAAAAGCUACCAUCAUUACAAUACGCAGUUACUGGUACAUUAAAUUUGUGUUCAAUAGUCAUGAUUGUUUCAAGACUAUACAUUCACUAUCAAAAUGAGUACCCAUCUUCACAGAAACUGAAAUUACAACAGGCUGUCACAUCUAAGAAUAAAACAGUUCUGUCUCUAUUACUGUACACCAAUUACUUAUUGAUCUUCAUUAUUCAAUAUUAUCGUACAAUUUAAUAUAUCAAA